GCAAAGCUUAAUCUUGUUUUAGUUUUAAUGCUAGUCAGUGCUUCGCUCCGUGUUGAAAGCGAGAGUAAACUUGAACCGACCGCAUAAUUUUUCUUCGCUCUAUUGGGAUUUAAAUUGAGUGUUAAAUAAAAGAAAAUGUUGAAAUUUUCGAUUUUUGUGUUGUUCAGCCUUGGCUGUUCUUGCAUUGCACAGAAACAAUACACAACGCCAGUGCCAAUUCUUAAACAGAUCAACCGCCACAAUGAAGAUGGCAGUUAUAGUUAUGGCUAUGAAGCAGCUGAUGGAAGUUUCAAAAUUGAAACAAAAUCUGCAACUGGCGAGGUGAAGGGAAAGUACGGCUACGUUGAUGACAGUGGAAAUUUAAGAGAAGUUGCAUAUGGUGCAAAUCAGAACGGCUUCCAUCCAUCUGGAGAUGGAAUUAGUGUUGCACCAGCAGCCCCACAUUCCGACAGCCAAUAUCCACCAUUGCAACCUGGUGAAAUCGACGACGGUCAAUACCGUGAAGAUCCAGCAAUUUACAACGAUCCAAGAUAUCAUUCAAAGCCCAGUAAAUCUUCACAGUUCCGUGUCAAUGCAUCUCCUGCACCAGCUCGUCCUUCUCAAACAUAUUCAUAUUCUUCACAGCCAGCUCAACAAGCAGCACCUGCAGUUCCUUACAGAUCACAAUUUCAACAACAGCAACCACAAUAUGAACAACCAAUUACCCAAACUCAAAGACCUUACUAUCAGACACGUUUCUCAGCACCAGUUGCAGCAGCUCCAAUUGCACCAGCCCCAGUUGCACCUGCACAAAACUACUACCAACCACAACCAAACUAUUACAAUCCACCAAGCAAUAAUAAUUAUUACCAACAAUCGAACAACAACGUUGACAUCUUUCGUGGUCAUCCAGCAACAAACUUAGACUUGGCAACAGGCUCGUAUUCCGUUACAUAUGGAUAAACUUAAUUAGUUAAUUCAUCAUAUUCAUUAAAAAAAACUUUUUUCUCUUUUCACAAAAAGCACUGCCAAAAAUAUUUUAAUGAUUAAUUAAAAAGAAUUUUAAAACGAAUGAAAGAAAAAAACACGAUGACAUUGAUAUCUUGUUACCUGCCUGCCAUACCGAACUGAUUUAAUAAAAAAGAGUUGGUAAACAUUCCAAUAAAGAAAAAGAAACAUGCAAUUGAAUUGUUUCAGCAAGU